UCAGUGUAUAAAGGAGAGGAGCGGGGGGAAUGAGUGGGAGAGGGACGAGUUGUGAUCACUCCAUUGGAAUCAUCAGAGAGGGAGUGAGACAGCGCCAUCCAUCAUGGGAGCGGAACACCUCUCCGACCACAACAAUGACGCUCACGCUCCUCUCCUUCUGGGUCUUCAGCCUUCCGCUCUUGUCGACCACGUUGCUCGGGUCGAUUGGUCCUUGCUCGAUCAGAUCCCCGGCGAACGCGGUGGCUCCAUUCCUGUUGCAAUUGAGGAGCUUGAAUGUAUACUGAAGGAAGUCAAAACUCAUAUUCUUCCCUCACCUGAUGAUCCAUCUCCCAUUAAGACAAUGGCUGGGGGCAGUGUAGCGAAUACAAUUCGAGGGCUCAGUAGCGGGUUCGGAAUUUCUUCUGGAAUUAUUGGGGCAUAUGGGGACGAUGAACAAGGGCAAUUAUUUGUCAAUAAUAUGAGCUUCAACGGAGUAAGCAUCUCAAGACUGCGGAAAAAGAAAGGACAUACAGCGCAGUGUGUUUGCUUGGUUGACGAAUUGGGUAACCGAACAAUGCGACCCUGUCUCUCAAAUGCUGUGAAAAUUCAGGCAGAAGAAUUGAAGAGAGAGGAUUUUAAGGGCUCCAAGUGGUUGGUGAUGAGAUACGCAAAACUCAAUUUAGAAGUGAUUCAAGCAGCCAUUCAUUUAGCUAAGCAGGAAGGCCUUCUUGUUUCAUUGGACCUGGCCAGUUUUGAGAUGGUCCGGAACUGUAAAUUACCACUUUUGAAAUUGCUGGAGUCUGCGAAUAUAGACCUUUGCUUUGCCAAUGAGGAUGAGGCGAAAGAGCUGCUAAGGGGUGAACAGAACUCUGAUCCAGCAGCUGCCGUGGAAUUUUUGUCUAAGUACUGCCAGUGGGCUGUCGUGACAUUAGGUGCUCGCGGAUGCAUUGCUAAACAUGGAAAGGAGAUAGUACGCGUCCCAGCCACAGGGGAAGCAAAAGCAAUUGAUGCAACGGGAGCAGGGGACCUUUUUGCGAGCGGAUUCUUGUAUGGGGUGAUAAAGGGAUUGUCGUUAGAAGAAUGCUGCAAAGUUGGGGCCUGUAGUGGAGGCGCUGUUAUCCGCUCUCUUGGGGGAGAGGUGACCUCAGAGAAUUGGCAGUGGAUGAACAAGCAGAUGCAGAUAAAAGGUCUUCCCACUCCUGAUAUAUCCAAAUGAACAGGGGCAACAAUAAAAUCUCCUGCCAUAUUUUAUUUUGACCUUUUGCCUUGUUAUAAUUCAUCAUUCACCAUCAAACAUGGCCAAUAGUCCUUGCUGCUUUGACUGAUGCGUGCAAGACUAGAUCUUACAUAGGAGAAUUAAAGUAAGUUAUCAUGAUAGUAUUGUAACGUGACAUAAAUCGUGAUUGUUUCACGAGCAUACAUUUUGACUGUUCAUUUGUCCAGAUGAUGCUGCUCGCAAGAUAUUUUUACCUGGA